UAGCCGACUCGCUCACGCCUUCAGCCUCAUCGGCGGCGAUUCUUCCUCAAGAAAGAUGAUUCUUCUAAAUCACGCGGAUCAAUCUUCGCACGUGAAAGAUUCUCACGCACACGUACGAAGAUGAUGUGCGAUGCGCGUACGUGCGCCGGCUGUCGAUAUCUGGAGCAAGAUUACGAACAGGAGGACGAUCGAGCGACGAUUCUCGCGGAGUUUCUGGCGAACUGUCAACACGCGAAAUGCAAGGUGGUCCGUCUGGUUCGUCAGCAAAUAAGUAAACUGCAGAACAUGCAGUACGAGCGCUUUCUGAUCGACGCGACCAAGAAAUUGCCGGAGAGCAUGACGUCCACCAAAGUAUACGAAGAGCCCUUCAGCGAGGUUCACCAAGCUCACAGAAAUGUGCACGAGCCAUGUAGCGGAGUGCACGACGGGUCGUACGGUGACGUGCGCGAGAUUGAAGGCGAGGUCGUCGCGCAAGAGAGGCAAAGUGAAUUGAUGGCGUACGAGGAAGCGCCGAAGCUGGUUGUCAAGCGAAUGGUCGAAGUGAAAGACGCGGUAGAGGAGAGUACAGCAACCGCAUCUUUGCCUGGCACGGCGUCUCCUGAGAGAGCGGUGGACCGCAAGUGGAUGCUGCGGAUCCUGGAUCGCGUUCGUCAUCGAGCGCAUCUGAUACUGGCGGCUGCUGCGGUCGGCGUGAUAGUCUGGACCGCUUUGGUGUACGGUGUCUUCCUGGGCGCGACCGCCUGCGGGAGCGGCCGCACCUGUUUCGCGUCGUCUUUCCAAGACGCGAGACGCUCGCUGUUUUAGAGAGCUAUUGCUUUUGCGCGUAUUAAAAAAAGAUAUAUAUUAUAAAUGACGUGUAAAAAAAAUGUGAUAUGUAAAUGUGCUCUUUUACGUCUUUUUUUUUUAUUCUGUCUUUCUAAAACGAACUGACCCAGAUUUGCAGUCGAAUUGCGAAACAAAUUUAACACGCGCAAUUAUUUACAUACAAAAAAAGAAGCAAGUUCUCCAACGGCAAAAUUGAGGUUUUAUAUUUAAAAGCUAACCUUAUCAAAAGUAAAUUAAAGAAACGUAAAUAAAAGUAA